AUGGCUGUUGAUGAAAAGUGGUAUUUUACAAAAGAACAACUUUUACAAUCUCCUAGCAGAAAAUCUGGAUACGAUGUCGAUAAAGAAUUAUCAUGUAGGCAACAAGCUGCAAAUUUUAUUCAAGAUAUGGGUCAAAGACUGCAAGUAUCACAAUUGUGUAUUAACACAGCAAUAGUUUAUAUGCAUAGGUUUUAUGUUUUUCAUUCCCUAGCUGCAUUUCAUCGAAAUGCAAUUGCAGCUGCUGCUCUUUUUCUAGCUGCAAAAGUAGAAGAGCAGCCUAGGAAAUUAGAACAUGUAAUUAAAGUAGCUCAUUUAUGUUUACAUAGGGAUAAUCCCUCUUUAGAUACUAAAUCUGAGUCAUACCUAGAACAAGCCCAAGAUCUUGUAUUUAAUGAAAAUGUUUUGUUACAAACCUUGGGUUUCGAUGUUGCUAUUGAUCAUCCACACACUCAUGUAGUGAGAUGUUGCCAUCUUGUUAGAGCAAGCAAAGACUUAGCACAAACUUCAUAUUUUAUGGCUUCAAAUAGUCUUCAUUUAACUACAAUGUGCCUCCAAUAUAAGCCUACAGUUGUGGCUUGCUUUUGCAUCCACCUGGCUUGCAAGUGGUCUAAUUGGGAGAUUCCUAGGUCUAAUGAAGGAAAAGACUGGUUUUGGUAUAUCGAUAAAACAGUUACUAUAGAUUUAUUAGAACAACUUACUGCUGAAUUUUUAGCAAUUUUAGACAAAUGUCCCACAAAAUUAAAAAGAAAAAUGAUGUCUAUGAAUCAAAACAAUACGCCUGGGUUCAACACUCAACAAUCUGUGCCUCGGGAUCGAUUACAAUUUGAUGAACCUAGGAAAUUAACUGGUGCUGAAGGAAUUAAACCCCCAGAAGGAUUAUUUGCCGUUCAAAAAUCUAGUUCUCAGUCUUCGAGUGACAAACCUAGUACGUCAGCACCGUCUGCUCCUCCGGCUCAUGCACACCAUCAAAAAAUUGACUACAGAGAAUAUAGAGAAAAGAAAGAGCGUGAGAGAAUGGAGCGAGAAAAACAACAACAACAGCAUCAAAGCACAUCUAAUAAUCAUCAUCAUCAUCAUAGUAAAGCGAAUAUUAUGCCAAAUAAAUCUCACGGAAAUGUGCAAUCGAGAACUUCAAGUGGGAGUGCGCCAACACAUAAAAGUUACCAACAACCAGCAUCUCAUGGAAUGCAACAGAAUAUUCAUUUUCAGGGUUUAAAGGAAAAUCGUGACUCGAAUCCUCAGGGUUUUCCUUCGACGGGUGCAAAGGAUAGCAAUUAUUUAAAACAGCACCCACCUCAUACGGAUCGGGAAGGAAGUAGUAAAGACAAUGUUUCUUUUCACGGACAGUAUUCACAAAGUUCAAAUAUACAAAAUCAGGGUUAUGCUCACAAGACGGAAUCCAAUUAUUCUGGAAAUUACCUUCACCGCGAGGGAAGUCGAGGAAGUCACGGCGUUCAGGGAAGCAGUAGUUCAAACAUACCUCAACCUCAUCACAAUCAAAAUCAAAUGAUUGGAAACAGUGGUGUGAACAUUUCUAGUAAUCAAAAAGAUUAUUUAAUUAGUAAUCAGAGAGACGUAAUCAAUAGUAAAGAUAUUGAAUCCCAAUUGCUUACGAAAGAUUCGACAUCUUCGAGUAUACGAGAUAUAAUUAGUCAGUCUGUUUCACAAAAGGAUUCACAUUCCAUGACAAACGAUAGGAAAGAACACAUGCGAGAGAAAUCGCGAAUGAACUACGUUCACGGCGGGUCAUCGACCUCCAAUUACAGACCGGAAAGCAUCAAGUCCGGACGGGAACAAACAAUGUUGAAUUUCCACGAGUCUGGUGAGAAAAAAAUGGACGAUUUUGCGUCAAAGAUAAAAGAUAAACCAAUUAAAAAAGAAGAUGAAUCUGUGAUAGAUACCAUAAAUAAUAAAAUGGAACCUAUCCAUGUAAAAACGGAAAAAUUUGACGAGACUGACGUAGGAGAUGAUGGUUCUUGGAGUUUAUCAAAUGUUAAAAGUGAAAAAAUAAAUGUGCCUGUUAAUGUAAAAACUGAAUUAAAUUUAGGUAAAAAUGAAUUAAGUGUCGAUAUAAACAAAACGGAAUCCCUGAAUACGAUGAACGCUGAAGUAAAUAAGUCGCAAUCUAUGCAUCCCGGUAAAAUAUACGAUUCUAAAUAUAAAACUCAUCAUUAUCAUUCGAAUAGUAAAAAUAGUGAUAUUCCUCAAAUGAAAGGGGAAAAACCGAGUGCCCAAAGUUCUAGUGAUAUACACAAAAAAUUUAGUGAUAGGAGUCAUGAAAAGCAUAGAAAAGUUCAGGAACUCGAACGAAUGCCUUAUGCUCAUGACGGAAGCGGAAACUCGAACGAAGUUUCAAAAUUUCACAAAAUGACUAAAGAAAUAAACGACAAGAGUAAAAUUCUACUACCGAAUCAUCAGCACGGAGAUCAAAGAUUCCAGAAAAUGAAAUCGUCGACGACUCGGCCGCCUAAUUUAAAUUUCGUAAAAACGGAAUCCGGACAUUUUAGUUUAGACGGAAAUUCAAAUGCCGUAGUUAACCCCAAUGAAAGAAACGAAGGUUCGAACUUGAAAUCGCUCAAACCCAUCAUCGGAACGGAUGAAACAACAAACAAAAACGCUGGUGGGGUUUUCUCCAAGUCAAAAAGUCACGACUACGGGACUGCUUCCGGUUUACCCAAUUUACAAGACACGAGUCAAAGUAAAAGUAACAAGACGUCCAGUAUAUUCAGCCCCGACAGUAAAAUACCUCCUCAUAAUAUUUUAAGUAGCCUUGAAAAAGAUACGAAGAAAAAUAGUUCUUCUUCGACUCAUCGUAGUCACUCUUUGAAUAAAUCUCCCUCGAAUUCAUCUCUUUCGAAAAAAAACGUGCCUACAACAAUUAUAGGAACGGCCACUGCCUCUUCAUCGACAACAUCAUUAUCAUCAUCAUCAUCAUCAUCAUCAUCGACCACAGGUUCAUUGUUUAGUCCUCCUCUUCCGAAAAACGUUCCGUCCAUUCCGCCCAGACACCGUACUCCAAGCAGUGGAUCCGAACCGGAACUGAUUCCCGUUUUGAAUAAAAUAGAAGAAACUCCCGGAUAUGAGAAUAUAAUUCGGGAGAGAAAAGUCGCGUUGACUCCAACUAACGAAAUUUUGCAUGGUGCAGAAAAAGAAAAAAAAUUGACAGUUUUAAAUGAUAAGAAUGAUAAUGGUAAUACGAAUACAUUUAUGUACAGUUCCGACCACAAAUCAAAUAGUAAAGAUAGUAAAUUAAUAAACGACAGUAAAACGAAUUCAGUGAAAAGUGAAGCAAUUGUGCAACCCAUUGUGACUAAAUCAGGGGUUAACGUUAAAUAUUCAAACGAAAUACGAAGUGAUUUAGGUGCGGUUAUUUAUCCUACCAAUCCAAAAUCUCUUCCCACGUCUAAAUCGUCGCAAGGAUUUCCCCUCACCGAAACGAAACACUCUUUGUCCGAAUCAGUUUCGACCGUCAAUUUGCUCGGUAUUGAAAAAAUGGUGGACACGAGUAUUUCUCCCGCCAAGCAAACGAAUCAGUUUUUACCGGGUCCGCCCAAAUCCAAUGGCGGACAUUUAAACGUCGUCGGAAAUUCUUCCGGAAGCAGCAUGUUCGGAUCGUCGUCUACGUCAUCUCUCGUAGAUCAAUCCGAUAAAUCAGUGGACCAAAAUUCUUCCAAAUCGAAUAAUUCGAUUACGAAUCAAGAAACGAUAGAAGUGGACGUUCUCAAGUACUCGGAUAAUAAAAAGCGAGCGGAGAAAAAGAAGAAAAAAGAAAAGCACAAGCACAAGGAAAAAGACAAGGACAAAUCGGAAAAGAAAAAAGAAAAGAAAAAGCACAAGGUGAAAGAUAGGGAAAAAUCAAAGGAAAGGGAGAAAUACAGAGAAAAAGAAAAGUAUAAGGAUAAGGAAAAGCACAAGGAAAAGGAAAUCGAUGUCGUGAGUUCGGAGAUUCCUAUUAAAAUAACGAUACCCAAAGAUAAAAUAUCUGGUAGUUUAAAAUUUAAAAUAUCUAAAGAUUGUCUUCAAAAAAAAGAUGAAACUGAUUCUCUCAAAUCGAACAGUAGUGGUGAACUUAAAAUAAAAAUAAGCAAAGAUGUUAUUAGCAGUAUAGGUGGUUAUAAGGAAGAGUCGAUAACAAAGAGUGAUACGAAAAAGAGAGACAGGAGUCCAAAAUCUACGAGCGAUCUCCUCCCGCAUUCAAAGCUAAUGAAAAUAACAACCGACAAGAAAUCUUCAUCAUCGAGUUCGUCGAGUUCUUUGAAAUCCAACGGGACAGAAGGACCGUCCAGAAAUUCAAGUUCGCACAGAUUUUCGGUAAGUGAAAAUGGCUCUUGUUUUGAUAUUUCCAGCCUUUAUGAUUUACCUUUUGACUUUGAAGAAAACGGCCAGGGUAUUAUAAAAACUCCGGAUUAUGAUUUCGAAGCAUUAAAUGCUUCGGAAUUCGAACAAGAUUUUAAUACCUCGCCGACGACGACGACGACGACGGUUAAAGAAACCGAAGAGUGUGAUAAGAACAGCCAGAAUGAGUUUAAAAAAAAAAAUAACGAAAGCGAACGUGUCGCCAUAAGCGAACUCGUGGGAAAUUCGAAAAAAAAAAAAAAAAAAAAAAACUCGUCGGAACUCCGCGAGAGUUGCGAUGUCGAUGAUGUCGAUGACGUUUCUUGUGGCGACAUUGCCAAUGACAUUAUUUUAAAACCUGUUUCACCCCUUAACGAAAUUCAUUCUCCCAAAGCACGGUCGCAUUCAAAAACGGACUUAUCCAAUUUCAGUGACCUAAUCAAUAGAAAUCCUAGUCCGAUGUCGAAAAGUCAUUCUUCUCUUUGUGUAAAGGACGACAAAUUAUCGGAAGCGAAAUGUGAUGAACGCGCCAACAAAACAGAUCAAGUCAUUUCUUUGGAAAAUUGUGAUGUACUUAAAAAUUAUAAAAUAAUACUCGAUAAUCAUUCGAAGCGAUGCGAAACGGAAGAAGUUUCUCCGGUGAGUCCCGAAGAAGAAGAAAACGUUAUUAUUACCCGUGAAACCCGUGAAUGCAGCAAUGACGAUAACAAUAAUAAAAACGCCGCGUACACGUCCUCCUCUCACAACGUAACCCCCCCUCCUCCACCGUCGAGCAAACAAGUAGAAAAAACAUUGACGAAAUCGAACAAAAUAUCUUCGGACACUUUGGAAAAUCCAAAUUAUUACAAUAAGUACUUUAAAAAAGACGGGGGGUCUAGAAUACGCGGAAAAGACGAUAAGAGAACAGUAAAGGGACGAGUAGAUGAUAAGGCUAGGUUUGAUGAAAGGCAAAGGUUUUACGAGAGUACGAGAAGGUACAACAGUAGAGCGGAUUUUAACGAGGGUGGUAGAGAACGAAGAGACGACCGAAGGUUUUUCAAAGAAUAUCGGGAUUACCAAAACAAAGACUCGUCGCAGUACUAUUUCGAAAGGAAAGAUGAAAGGAGGUACGAUUCGUAUUCCGGAUAUUCGUCGAAUCAAUACUUUACGAAUCCGAAACAGCAACCGGAAACGAACAUGAGCAAAAUGAACUACAAUGACGUGAAUGCAAACGGCAGCGGCGGCGGCAGCGUCGGCGCUUCGACGGUGUUUCAAACUUGCUCACAAACGAAACCGACUCCUCCGCAAUUCUCAUCGCAAAUAUGCGAUCCUUCUUCCGUGACCGGAAAUCCCGAUUUAAACGGGAUUCAAUACCAAUACGGUUACUACAAUAAUUACGUGUAUCCCAACAGCGGAUAUAGAUUCUACGGAAACGUGCCUUUCAUUAACAUGUCGCUCAUACAGCAACAGCCCAUGCCACCCGGAACCGGUGAUUCGGUUGGAAAUUCCGACGCUCCUCCACUACCGCUAGAACCUCCACCCGAUUUACCACCUCCGCCGGAAACUCCUCCGCCUCCUCCCAAAUAG